UACCUCGCGCUCAGCUAUGUGUGGGGUGGAGACCAGGCUCACAAGACCACGACCUCGAACCUAUCCGCGUACGAACACGGCAUCCCCCCUUCACUCCUCCCCGCAACCAUCCGCGACGCGAUCCGCCUCACGCACUUGCUAGGCUUCUGUGCGCUCUGGGUUGAUAGCCUAUGCAUCGUCCAAGACUCGGAUGAGGACAAACAUCACGAAAUCAGACGAAUGCACGAUGUCUACCGCUAUGCGCAUCUAACCAUCGUCGCUGCAAGCGCGGAGAGAGCCAACGCGGGCUUUCUCUACAAGCGCCCUCCCCAAGACGGUGACUUCGCUAUUCCCUUCAUCUGCCCUCCACAUCCUCCAUUGUACCACACCGUGCUCGGACGCAUGGCCACGCGUUCCUGGUGCAUGCAAGAGUAUCUGCUGUCCCCACGGUCCCUCAUCGUCACCCCUCGAACCGUCCUCUUCAGGUGCCGUGUCACCAUGGAGGCUGUCGGCAACUCACCCGAAGGCAUAAACUCCGAUCCGCGGCUACCCGACGCCCUCUUCCUCGCCGUCCCGCCUGCAGUGCAGCCCCGUUCCAAGGAGUGGCGGGACAUACACGCCGCUUGGCUGCGGAUCAUACAAAACUACAGCACGCGCACGGCCAGCGACGAGACGGACAAGCUGGUCGCAUGCGCUGCGAUUGCGGAGCUGUUCCACCGUGCUCUGCGCUCCGACUACCUCGCGGGUUUGUGGCGCACGGACGCGCUCCUGAUAGACCUGCUGUGGACUCCGUGGGGCAAUAAGCGCAGGGUGUGCGCUCUCCCGACAGCGUACCGUUCCCCGUCAUGGUCGUGGGCGGCGGUUGAAGGACCGAUCAUGCAUCUUUCAUGGAUUACACUCGAAGACCCGCGAAACAUUGCACUUGCGGAGAUUACGCAAUGCUGGGUCACGCUUGAAGAUCCUGCGCUUCCCUUCGGGAGAGUGACGGAUGGGACACUUGUUCUACACGGAAUG